CAUUCUAGGUUCAUGAUGCUGUUUGAUGAGAACACUAGUUUGUUCUACCUGUUCAACUGUGCUAUGAGGUGGCUGGCAGUCAGACUCGAUCUUCUGGCAAUGUUGGUAACAUCAUGUACUGCAGUGUUAACCUUGCUGUUACGAGGUUCAGUGGAAGCAUCAUUCGCUGGUCUCGCUCUGGCUUACUCUGCACAACUCAGUGGUAUCUUCCAGUACACUGUAAGACUCAGCUCGGAAACUGAAGCAAGAUUCACAUCAGUUCAGAGGAUAAUGAACUAUUCAAAGGGUCUGCAGUCUGAAGCACCACCCAUUAUAGAGUCCAGACAUCCUGAAGUUACCUGGCCACAAUAUGGCCGAGUCAGUUUCCGUAAAGUGCAGAUGAGAUAUCGUCCAGAAACACCUCUUGUUUUGAAGGGUGUCACCUUCCACAUAGAUUCAAUGGAAAAUAUAGGAGUAGUUGGAAGAACUGGCUCGGGGAAGUCCUCACUGGGGGUAGUGUUGUUCCGACUUGUUGAGUUGGCAGGUGGGACAGUUCGCAUUGAUGGUACUGAUAUAUCUACAUUAGGGUUAGAAGACCUUAGAUCACGGCUUUCAAUCAUUCCUCAGGACCCUGUGCUCUUUAUUGGAACUAUCAGGUAUAACCUUGAUCCAUUUCACCGUCAUUCAGAUGAAGAGAUCUGGUCUGCAUUGGAUCAGACAUUUAUGAAAAAUCGUAUUGCCAGCCUUAAUUUAAAGCUUAGUGCACCAGUGGUGGAGAAUGGCGAAAACUUCUCGAUUGGUGAACGGCAGUUGUUGUGUAUGGCCCGAGCCCUCCUGAGGAAGAGUAAGAUAAUAUUCCUGGAUGAAGCAACGGCAUCCAUCGACACCGAGACUGAUCACUUGAUCCAACAAACACUCAAGAUGGCGUUUCAGUCUUGUACUAUGAUCACUGUGGCACACAGGCUGAACACUGUGAUGUCAUGCUCUCGAGUCAUGGUUCUCGAUGAUGGAAAAGUUGCAGAGUUUGACACACCAAGCACUCUUCUUGCCGACCCUUCUUCAAUGUUCUCCAAGAUGGUUGCAAAAGCUGAAUCUUUCUUCACUCACUGAAGACUGUAUAAUGAAGCCAUGUUAAUACACUACUAUUGUAAAAUUUUAUUUUUAUGCAAUAUAGUGUCAGUGUUAAAGAAAGGCAUUAUUCACAGUACAUAAUUUUUGUCAAUACACCUACUAUCCGACUUACAACCUGCUCAACAUACGUCCACUCGACUUACGACCGUGCACCUGGCAGCUGGGCUGGGCCGGCUGAUGCACACAACUGUACAAUAUUUGACAAUACUCGCGGCAGCAAUGCGUCAUGCAGGCAGCAUCAGUUUGAGUAACCCUGUCCUAUCAGCAGCAUCAUACUGUAUUAACUGUACUAACUGGACAGUAAAUUUCACCAUGACCCCUAAGAUGAAGUCUGUGGCAAGAAAGGCUCUUACUCUCGAACUCUCUGUUUGUUUUCACUGUUGCACAUAAACCUGUCUGUAUCUGUCUGCCUAUAUAUCUGUGUAUCUCUGUGUGUCUGUCUUUCUGUCUACCUCUGUGUCUCUCUUUAUGUCUACCUGUGUGUCUUUGUCUACCUGUGUGUCUGUCUGUCUACCUGUGUUUGUCUGUCUUUCUGUCUGCUUGUCUGUCUCAGAGCCACUCAUUAAGAGUGUAAUUGGUCUUGAAGAUGCCAUGUUAAUAAUGAUAAUAACACAAUAAUCACUGAGGCGCAUUAAAUGUGUAUAAAAUGUUGAUAUAGACAUUUUGCUUAAUCCAUCCAUGAUUUCUUUUUCAAAAUUAUAUCAUAAACAUGCUACAUAACAUAUAAAUUAACAAAUAUGAGAUGUUUUUCAGGUCGGCUUGACAGAGUGAACAGGAAUCAUUCGUGUCCGGGCUGGUAACAACAACAACGUUUGUUUACAUAACUCGCCAACCUUCUACACACUCAUUCGUUUAUUCAUUUAAUCUUGUUUACUCACCUCUCACUCUACAUUAAGACUACAGAUAUUUUAAGGUAAGUAAUGAGUGGACACGAUUAUUAUAUUAUAAUUUAAUAAUAAUAUUAUUAAUAUUAGUACAUAUGUAUUAUUGUAAUAAUAAUAAUUAUUAUUAAUAUUAUUAAUUUAGGGCACUGGAGCACAGAUCCACUGUAUAGCACUUUGUCUGGAUUAUUUGGGUUAUCCUAGGUAAUUUAUACUAUGUAUGAUAACUUUACUUACGUGUGCCUGAGAGAGAGAAAGAGAGAGAGAGAGGGAGAGCCACAUUCAGUCAGCCGGCCUCCCACCCACCCACCCACCCGGCCAGCCAGCCAGCUACGUAUUACACAUGUUCCAGAGUUGUUUCUCUUUACUUAGGGUAUAGGUUAUACUACAUUCUGGCAGGAUGACACUACCAGUGGUAUUCUCCCAUUCCACUGUGUCGACAAAACAUAAGGAUAACAGUAACAUAUGAUACUGUAUGCAAUGUAAAAUUUACAAUACAGUUCACUACCAUGUAUACAUUAUAUACAGUAAAUAAAUAAUUAAAAUAUAACAAUAGAAGUAAAUUAUGGUAAAAAAAAUGAAAUAAUGAUUGUACAUUACAUUACAGUACUAUGUAGGUAGUUUAUAUAGGAAAAUUUUGACAUUAUGCCCUACCCAGUUUGUCGGCAAUUUUCAAAGGUUUGACUUACGUCCGGUUGGCCGGAACCAAGCUUGGUCGUAAGUCGGAUGGUAGGUGUACAUGAUUGUUUCAGUUUGUUAUUAAAUAUUUCUAAGUUUAAUCAUUUUUCUAUUAACCCUUAAACUGUCCAAAUGUAGAUCUAUGUUUGCAUGCAUAGCCCUCCAAACGUAGAUCUACUUUUUUUAUCUAAGAAACAAUAUUAAAUAGAACGUAGAUCUAUAUUCGGAGCGCUACGCGUGUGAACGUAAAUCUACGUUUGGACAGUUUAAGGGUUCAGGGUAAACAAGACACAGUUGCAAAUAGUAACUUCAUCGAGAUGUUUCGCCUGUGGCCAGACUUCUUCAGUCAAUAUACAGGGAUGUGCAACAAGAAGUUCUUUUUUUCAUCAAACUAGCCAUAUUGCAACGAGGCAGGGUUACCUAAAAAGAAAAAUGAAAGUCUCUCUUUUUAAAUUUAGUGAUAUAUACAGGAGAAGGGUUACUAGCCCCUUGUUCCCAACAUUUUAGUUGGCUCUUACAACAAGCAUGGGUUACAGAAGAAGAAUUCUGUUCCACUUCCCCAUGGAGAACAAGCAGAUUUAUACAUUAUUAUUAUUAUCAUUAUUAUUAUUAUUAUUAUGGGGAGCACUAAUCCCAUAGGGAUUAUACAGCACCUGUGAAGGGGGGGAAAGGGGUGUAAGGUAUUCAGGCUCAAUUCAGUGAACUGGAGCACAGAUCCAGUUCCCUAGAUCAAGAGCCCCUUACCGGUAUUAAGGAACAUUCCUUGAAGGGCAGAUUUAUACAACUCAGGUGAAUGAUCUUGUCGGUGAGAUCACUGUGUGGGGUGACUUGUGAGAUGAAAGCACUGCAGGAAGCCUGCCAGUCCUUCCCAUGACCUGUUUGUCAGAUGAACUGUUACAAGUGUGGCCUUUAGAAGCAUGAGACUUCUGUCUGUGUUUUCAGGUUUCAUUGAUGAUUUUGUAUGUAUGAUCUCCACAACCCAAACGAUGGAAAAAACUUCAUUGCCUGCAAGAUGUCUUGCAGAAUAUUGGGCUCUUUCUUUAGAUAUUCAGGGCUGUAGAUCCUGUAGAUAUGGAAAAAUGUUGCACUCUUCUGUUGGGCUAUCAUUAGCUACCUCUUCUAAGGUAAACUGACCAGGUUGAGUAUCUUUUGGGACAAUGAGCAGAAUAUCAAUGUCAUCCUGGUAAACGUGUUAUCAGUUAAGGAUGAAAGGUUUACCAUCGUACCUAAAACGGUCACAUGACUUUGCUAUACAGACAAUAAUUUACUCAUUGCCCUCAAAUGACUCAACCUCAAGAACAAUCUGAAUAGUGUGGAACCAUCCAUUUAAUUCACCCUGAAUGAGGAAGCUAAACAAUGUCCCUUUCCUCAAUGUACCUCUCAUUAAACAUAACAGCCACCUCAAAUUCCAAAGUAGUAUAUAUAUUGAAAACCCAUCAACAAUAAUGACACGAUACCCUACCACAACUAUUCACACCAUGACCAAAGAAUAAUACGAGGUGCACUCACUGGUAUGUGUGUAAAUGCCUACAGGAUCUGCAGCCCAAAUAUCUGGAGGAAGAGUGCAACAUAAUAAAAGACAUCUUCCAGGCACUCAAGUUUCCUCCACACAUCAUCUAAAACUGCUGGGAUCGUUUACAUAAAAUUUUCCAUUCACUGAAACUAAAGAACAAGACAGAAGACUCAUCCUUCCUACAGGCCACACUACAAUAUAUUUCACCCAUCCUCACCAAGAGCAACAUAUGUGUUGCCACUGUUACGUCCAGUACCAUUAAAGACAAGACCAAACAACAAGACAACCACCAGAACCACAACAACACAAGUGUGUACAUCAUUCCAUUAGGCAGUUGUGACCAUAAAUGUAUGGGAGAGACUAAUCAUAACUUACAGAUCAGAUUGAAAAAGCAUCAGUAUGCCUGCAGGACUAACAGCAUGAAAAAUGCCUAUGUGAUACAUGGGAACCAGACUGCUCACCAGAUGUCUCUGAAGGAUACCCAGCUGUUUAUAAAAGUAAAUCAAAUCAAAUCAAAUUUAUUCUUUAUAAGGAUUACAAUGCUGAGUUUACAGAAUUUGGAUAUUGUGUGGUUUACAUGUUUUAAAAUACUAAUUACAGAGGGGGCCACUAGAACACAUAGCAUGGCUAGGCAUUUCGGGCAGACUUAGAUUAAUUCUUAACUUUAAAAUAUUACAAAUUAUGAGGUAAGUUGGUAUUAUGGCUAAGUGACUAAGUUUGUGAGUUUAGCAAUGUGAAUGUUU